AUGUCGCAUGCAGCCAUUCAUGAAAAUGGCAAUGACCAGCUCACCGACUCGAGCUCAGACUUCUCUGAAUAUUGGAUUGACUUGUUUUUAGGGAUAAAAGGCAACGAAUACUUCUGUGAUAUAGACGAUGACUACAUCCGGGACCGUUUCAACUUGACGGGCCUCAACCAAGAGGUGAGCAAGAUUCCCACGUUGGUGGAUAUCAUUACUGACAUGGCCGAUAUAGAGCAUCAACCUGAGGAACAUCGAGAUGCUUUAGAACACAAUGCAAGAAUACUAUACGGUCUCAUCCACGCAAGAUACAUCUUAUCUCAGCGAGGCCUCAACAAAAUGUUCGAGAAUUCAUUGCCACUUGCAUCCACUUCUUCCCGUUGGGUUGAGCGAUCAGCCAGAAUCAACUCAGUGAAACUAUAUUGCGCUAAAUGUGAGGACUUGUACAAUCCGAAGUCAGGCAGACAUGCUAUCGUCGAUGGAGCUUACUUUGGAACAUCUUUCCCUGCUAUGUUCUUCCAAAACUUCCCCAUGCCAUUCCAGUUCAUAGUCGGGAGACUUACACACCCAAAGUCUUCGGAUUCAGGGUACACGAAUAUUCCAAGUUAG